GGGUAUUUUCUAUUCCGAAGUUUCUCGGCCGUUUUCAAUUCUCAUUUCAUCCAUGCUCACGCCCUUUCUCUCGGGUGUUUUUCUAUUCCGAUGUUUCUCGGCCAUCUUCGAUUCUCAUUUAAGCCGUCUCACACCCUUCCUCGCGGGUAUUUCUCUCUCCCGAUGUCUCUCGGCCAUUUUCAAUUUCGGCCAUGCUUGCGCUCUUUCUCGCGGGUAUUUUUCUCUCCCGGUGUAUCUCGGUCAUUUUCAAUUCCCAUUUCGGCCGGGAUCCCGCCUUUUCUCUCGGGUACUUUCUUUUCGGAUUCUAUCUCUCCCGAUGUUGCCAUUUUCAACUUUCGGUUUUCGGCCAGCCUGUGUUCAUCUGGCCAUGCUCACACCCGCUGCUCUCACGGGAUAUAUUCUUUUCGGGAGAUCCAGCGCGUUCUCGCGGAGUUGGAGCGUCUGCUUGCGCUCGACACCUCGCUCGUCGAGGAGAAGGUGUUCGUCCACAAUCUCGUCGUCGGACUGGAGACCGCCGUGCGGAGCAACCAAAUAGAUUCCGGGGCGGUGUGGGUGCACGACAAACUCAUGUCGACCACCGAGGAAGGUCAAAAGACCGACCGCGACCAAAAAGUGAAGGAGCUGUCGUCCAUCUCCAAGUUCCUCACGGGGCCAAAGCGCGCGGCACCAUGCCGCCGAUCUCUCUCUCGCCCCACUUCGGCGGGUACGGGGGCGGCGGCUUCGGUGGCGGCGGCUACGGCGGCGGCGGCUACGGCGGCGGGUCCGGCGGACCCGCCGCCGUAGCCGCCGCCGCCGUAGCCGCCGCCACCGAAGCCGCCGCCCCCGUACCCGCCGAAGUGGGGCGAGAGAGAGAUCGGCGGCAUGGUGCCGCGCGCUUUGGCCCCGUGAGGAACUUGGAGAUGGACGACAGCUCCUUCACUUUUUGGUCGCGGUCGGUCUUUUGACCUUCCUCGGUGGUCGACAUGAGUUUGUCGUGCACCCACACCGCCCCGGAAUCUAUUUGGUUGCUCCGCACGGCGGUCUCCAGUCCGACGACGAGAUUGUGGACGGACACCUUCUCCUCGACGAGCGAGGUGUCGAGCGCAAGCAGACGCUCCAACUCCGCGAGAACGCGCUGGAUCUCCUGGGGAUGCGAACGUGCUUGUCGUGCCCCCCGAAAGCCGUAUUACCGCUUAUCAGCGUGAGGAGCGUCGACCACGUGGCUUUGAACUGAGAAAAGGGCAGCAUCGGGAGAGAGAAAACCCGAAAAGAAUAUAUCCCGUGAGAGCAGCGGGUGUGAGCAUGGCCAGAUGAACACAGGCUGGCCGAAAACCGAAAGUUGAAAAUGGCAACAUCGGGAGAGAUAGAAUCCGAAAAGAAAGUACCCGAGAGAAAAGGCGGGAUCCCGGCCGAAAUGAGAAUUGAACAUGACCGAGAUACACCGGGAGAGAAAAAAUACCCGCGAGAAAGAGCGCGAGCAUGGCCGAAAUUGAAAAUGACCGAGAGACAUCGGGAGAGAGAAAUACCCGCGAGGAAGGGUGUGAGCACGGCUUAAAUGAGAAUCGAAGAUGGCCGAGAAACAUCGGAAUAGAAAAACACCCGAGAGAAAGGGUGUGAGCAUGGCUGAAAUGAGAAUCGAAGACGGCCGAGAAACACCGAAAAUAGAA